ACUCUCUCGCGUCCGCCAUUGGAGAUAUGGUGAUACCGUCGAAGAAAUUUUCCAAUGGAAAACGUCAUGAAUCUACAAAGUCCUUUAAACCAACGAAGAAACCGUUUAAAAAGUCCAAGGACGAUGUAGCUGCAAGGUCUGAAGCCAUGGCUCUGCAGCUCGAAGAUGUUCCUGACUUCCCUCGAGGUGGAGGUACUUCUCUGAGUAAAAAGGAGCGUGAGAAAAUUUAUGAAGAAGUGGAUGCUGAGUUUGACGCUGAUGAGCGUGUUUCUAAGAAGAGUAAAGGGGGCAAGCCUAAAAAGAGAACACCUAGCGAUGCAGACGAAUUGGGAUUGCUUUUUGGCGGCCUUACCGGAAAACGGCCAAGAUAUGCCAAUAAGAUUACCACUAAGAAUAUUGCCCCAGGAAUGAAGCUUUUGGGAGUUGUUACUGAAGUAAACCAGAAGGAUAUUGUAAUUAGUCUUCCAGGGGGGUUACGUGGGUUAGUUCGCGCAAGUGAGGCAUCGGAUUUUACAGAUCUUGGAAUUGAGGACGAUGAAAAUGAACUCCUUGGAGACAUUAUUUCUGUGGGUCAGCUUGUUCCCUGCAUUGUAUUGCAGUUAGAUGAUGAUAAGAAGGAGGCGGGCAAAAGGAAAAUAUGGCUUUCAUUGCGGCUUUCUCUAUUGCACAAGGGAUUCAGUUUUGAUUCUUUUCAACUAGGGAUGGUGUUUUCUGCUAACGUGAAAAGUGUCGAAGACCAUGGUUAUAUCCUUCACUUUGGAUUACCUUCUAUCACAGGAUUUAUCGAGAUAAGCAAUGAUGGUAAGAAACCAGGAAAGCUGGAGUCAGGAAUGAAGACUGGGCAGCUUAUUCAGGGCGUGGUUACAAAGAUCGAUAGAGAACGUAAAAUUGUUCGCCUUAAUUCUGAUCCAGAAUCAGUGGCAAAGUGUCUGACCAAGGAUCUUAAUGGCAUGUCGUUUGAUCUUCUCAUCCCAGGCAUGAUGGUUAAUGCUCGUGUUCAAUCAGUUCUUGAGAAUGGGAUACUGUUCGAUUUCCUUACAUAUUUUAAUGGAACGGUUGAUCUCUUCCAUCUUAAAAACCCAUUGUCUAACAAAAGCUGGAAGGAUGAGUAUAAUCAGAAUAAGACGGUUAAUGCAAGAAUAUUGUUUAUCGAUCCAUCAUCUAGAGCUGUUGGUUUAACAUUGAACCCUCAUCUUGUUUGUAAUAAGGCUCCUCCGUUGCAUGUCUCUAGCGGCAGCAUAUUUGACGAAGCAAAAGUAAUUCGUAUUGAUAAAUCAGGCCUUCUUCUGGAACUUCCUUCUAAUCCCGAAACAACUCCAGCAUACGUCAGUACAUAUGAUGCCGCAGGAGAUGAAGUAAAGAAACUGGAAAAGAAGUUUAAGGAAGGGAAUCACAUCCGUGUUCGAAUACUUGGCCUUAAGCAGAUGGAUGGGUUGGCCAUAGGAACUUUAAAGGAAAGCGCCUUUGAAGGUCCAGUUUUCACCCACUCAGAUGUUAAGCCUGGUAUGGUUACAAAGGCAAAAAUUAUAUCUGUUGAUACGUUUGGUGCCAUUGUGCAAUUCCCUGGUGGUCUCAAAGCGAUGUGCCCACUUCGGCAUAUGUCUGAGUUUGAAGUUACAAAACCCAGGAAAAAGUUCAAGGUUGGAGCUGAAUUAGUAUUCCGUGUACUUGGCUGCAAAUCAAAGAGAAUAACUGUUACCUACAAGAAAUCGCUUGUGAAGUCUAAACUUCCAAUUUUAAGUUCUUACACUGAUGCAACUGAAGGGCUAGUGACGCAUGGCUGGAUUACAAAGAUUGAAAAGCAUGGAUGUUUUGUUCGCUUUUAUAAUGGAGUGCAAGGAUUUGUUCCCAGAUUUGAACUUGGUUUAGAGCCUGGAAGUGAUCCAGAUUCAGUGUUUCAUGUCGGAGAGGUUGUAAAAUGUAGAGUAACCAGUGUGGUUCAUGGUUCUCGAAGGAUCACCCUUAGUUUGAUGAUAAAGCCAGCAAGUGUUUCCGAAGACGAUUCAAUCAAGUUAGGUAGCAUUGUAUCAGGGAUAAUUGAUAGUAUAACUAGCCAGGCAGUCAUUGUCCGUGUUAAAUCCAAAGGUGUUCUCAAGGGUACAAUUGCUGCUGAACAUUUAGCUGAUCAUCAUGAGCAAGCAAAACUAAUGAAGUCACUUUUAAGACCUGGAUAUGAGCUUGAUAAGCUGCUGGUAUUAGACAUUGAAGGCAACAACAUGGCUCUCUCUUCAAAAUAUUCUCUCAUUAAGUUAGCUGAAGAGCUUCCUUCAGAUUUUAAUCAGCUUCAGCCAAACUCAGUGGUUCAUGGUUAUGUUUGUAACUUGAUUGAAAAUGGCUGCUUUGUCCGUUUUCUUGGUCGGCUGACUGGUUUUGCCCCAAGAAGCAAGGCAAUUGAUGAACCCAGGGCAGAUCUGUCAGAAUCCUUCUUUGUUGGACAAUCGGUUCGGGCUAAUAUAGUUGAUGUCAAUCAAGAAAAAAGUAGGAUAACUCUUUCAUUGAAACAGUCAUCUUGCGCAUCUGUAGAUGCUUCUUUUGUCCAAGAUUACUUCCUCAUGGAUGAGAAGAUAUCGGACUUGCAGUCAUCUGAUAUUACUAAAAAUGAGUGUAGUUGGGUUGAGAAAUUCUCAAUUGGGAGUUUGAUCAAGGGCACCAUAAAGGAACAAAAUGAUCUGGGUGUGGUGGUGAAUUUUGAAAAUAUAAAUAACGUCCUUGGUUUUAUACCUCAGCAUCAUAUGGGUGGAGCUACUUUGGUACCUGGUUCUGUUGUCAAUGCACUUGUUCUUGAUCUUUCUAGGGCAGAGAGACUAGUUGAUUUGUCUUUGAGGCCUGAGCUCAUAAACAACUUAACUAAGGAGGUGUCCAACAGUCAGUCAAAAAAGAAACGUAAAAGAGUAAUCUCCAAGGAACUUGAAGUCCACCAGAGGGUCAAUGCUGUAAUAGAGAUUGUGAAGGAGCAAUACUUGGUUUUGUCGAUUCCAGAGCAUGGUUACACUAUAGGAUAUGCAUCAGUAUCAGACUAUAACACACAGAAGUUGCCAGUGAAACAAUUUUCCACUGGACAAAGUGUUGUUGCCUUUGUUGAGGCUGUGCAAAACCCUUUAUCGUCUGGGAGGUUGCUUUUACUUCUUGACUCUGUUUCCGGGACUUCUGAGACUUCCCGUUCUAAGAGGGCAAAGAAGAAAUCCAGCUGUGAAGUUGGUUCUGCUGUCCACGCCGAGAUUACUGAAAUAAAGCCUUUUGAACUUAGAGUAAACUUUGGCCACAGUUUCCGAGGAAGAAUCCAUAUCACUGAGGUAAAUGAUGCAAGUACAAGUGAGGAUCCUUUUGCCAAAUUCAGAGUCGGGCAAUCAAUGUCUGCAAGGGUUGUUGCAAAACCGUGUCAUACUGAUAUUAAAAAGAGUCAACUUUGGGAGCUUUCUGUUAAGCCUGCAAUGCUUAGAGAUUCCAGUGAGUUGAAUGAUAUACAAGAGAGUGAACAACUUGAGUUUGCUGCUGGACAAUGUGUUAGUGGAUAUGUCUACAAAGUGGAUAAGGAGUGGGUUUGGUUAGCAAUAUCUCGCAAUGUGACCGCACGCUUGUUCAUUUUAGACACUGCAUGCGAAGCUCAUGAACUUGAGAAGUUUGAAAGGCGUUUUCCCAUUGGCAAAGCUGUUUCAGGCUAUGUUCUGACAUACAAUAAAGAGAAAAAAACAUUACGGUUGGUUCAGCGUCCACUACUUGAUACCCACAAAAGCAUUGGCAAUGGUGAAGGCAGAAAAACGGAUAAACUAGAUAGCAGCAUUCCUGAUGAUGAUGGUACUCUAUUUAUUCAUGAAGGAGACAUUCUGGGUGGAAGAAUUUCUAAGAUACUUCCUGGUAUUGGUGGGAUUCGUGUGCAAAUAGGUCCUUAUGUAUUUGGGAGAGUUCAUUUUACUGAAAUCAAUGAUUUAUGGGUCCCCAAUCCCUUAGAUGGUUUUCAUGAAGGCCAGUUUGUCAAAUGCAAGGUCUUAGAAAUCAGCAGGUCUAGUAAAGGGACUUGGCAAAUUGAACUCUCAUUACGGACAUCACUAGAUGGCAUGAAUUCUGACCAUCUCUCAGAAGAUUGUAGUAAUAAUGAAAAUGUAUGCAAGCGUUUUCAGAGGAUUGAAGAUCUAUCUCCUGAUAUGGGCGUCCAGGGUUAUGUCAAAAAUACAAUGUCGAAAGGUUGUUUUAUUAUACUUUCGAGGACAGUUGAGGCAAAAGUUCUACUUUCCAAUCUAUGUGAUACUUUUGUUAAGGAACCCGAAAAGGAAUUCCCAGUAGGAAAACUUGUAACUGGCAGGGUUUUAAAUUUGGAGCCUUUAUCUAAGCGGAUAGAAGUCACUUUGAAGACAGUAAAUGCUGGUGGACAUCCAAAAUCUGAAUCUUAUGACUUGACGAAACUCCAUGUCGGAGAUAUAAUUUCUGGGAGAAUCAAACGUGUGGAGCCCUAUGGCUUAUUCAUUACCAUAGAUCAAACUGGCAUGGAUGGAUUAUGUCACAAAACCCAGCUUUCUGAUGAUCGUAUCGAGAAUGUACAAGCCAAAUAUAAGGCUGGUGAGAGGGUCACCGCAAAGAUUUUGAAGCUUGACGAGGAACAGGGACGGAUAUCGCUCGGAAUGAAGAGUUCUUAUCUUACGAGUGGUGAUGUCGAGACACAACCACCUUCUGAAAACAAUGCUAAUGAUGCAAGCAUGGAAUGUGAUUCAAUCAAUGAUCCGAAGUCAGAAGUACUUGCUGCAGUCGGUGAUUUUGGGUUCCAAGAAAUUAGCGGUGGAAGACAUAGCGGAACCUCUGUUGUUCUUGCCCAAGUAGAAUCAAGAGCUUCUAUCCCUGCGCUUGAGGUUGACCUUGAUGACAUUGAGGAGAUGGACAUUGACAACGGCCAGAAUCAGGAGAAACUACAGGGAGUCAAUAGAGAUGAAAAGAGCAAAAGAAGGGAGAAGCAAAAAGACAGGGAGGAAAGAGAAAAAAGAAUACAAGCUGCUGAAGGAAGAUUGCUGGAGAAUCAUGCACCUGAGAGUGCUGAUGAGUUUGAGAAAUUAGUUAGAAGCUCUCCAAACAGCAGCUUUGUCUGGAUAAAAUAUAUGGCGUUUAUGCUCAGCUUGGCUGAUAUUGAGAAAGCCAGGUCAAUUGCUGAGAGGGCCUUGAGUACUAUAAAUAUUCGGGAGGAAGAAGAGAAGCUAAACAUAUGGGUUGCUUACUUCAAUUUGGAAAAUGAACAUGGAAGUCCUCCAGAGGAAGCUGUUAAGAAAGUGUUUGAAAGGGCCCGUCAAUACUGUGACCCAAAAAAAGUUUACCUUGCACUCUUGGGCGUGUAUGAGAGGACAGAGCAAAAUAAAUUGGCUGAUAAGCUACUUGAUGAGAUGAUUAAGAAGUUUAAGCAAUCUUGCAAGAUUUGGUUAAGGAAAGUACAAAGUUCUCUUAAACAAAACGAGGAAGGCAUUCAGUCCAUUGUGAAUCGUGCCUUGCUAUGUCUUCCACGCCAUAAGCACAUUAAGUUCAUAUCACAAACUGCUAUCCUUGAGUUCAAAUGUGGAGUUGCGGAUAGAGGGAGAUCACUGUUUGAAGGCGUUCUUAGGGAAUACCCAAAAAGAACAGACUUGUGGAGUGUUUAUCUAGACCAAGAGAUCCGGCUGGGAGAAGUGGAUGUUAUUAGAUCUUUAUUCGAGAGAGCCAUUAGCUUGAGCUUGCCUCCUAAGAAGAUGAAGUUCUUGUUCAAGAAGUACUUGGAAUAUGAAAAAUCUGUUGGUGACGAGGAGAGAGUCGAAUACGUGAAACAGAGGGCGAUGGAGUAUGCAGACAGUACCUUGGCCUGAGAUUUUGUUGUAACAAAACACCAAUCUUUGUAAAAGCAACCAUUGAGCUGUAAGAGUUGCAACCAAUAGUGACUCUGUUAAAAUUAGACACGCUGUGUAAAACACUGCAAUUUUGAGCUCUUGUUACGCUAUUUUAAAUGACAAGGUUAUUGAGUACCA